AUGCCAACAGAUCUUGAUCUGUGUUGUAUUUUUCAGGCCACUUUACCUGAGGAAUUGCAUGUUCUCAGCAGUCCUCCAGCUAGUGUAACAGCUGAUGACCGUAGUCUCUCCGGAUCAGAGAUGGAUCUGCAUUUAUCACCACCUAGAAAGGCAUCAGUAUCCAUGCCGUCUGAGGAGAUGUCCUUCAUUCCCUCUCAGUCAUUUGAGAAAGAGGCCAUAAUCACUGAACCAGUUGUAAGGAAAACCAGCAUAGAUACAACUCAGGUAAAAAUGUCUCUGCCUGUUGAGCCACAUCAGGAGCCUCCUGUAAGCGCACCUCUGUCAACUGUGCCCACAGAACAAGCCUUCCAAAGUACGGUGGCUACUACUACUACUACUCCUACCACCAGCACACCUUUUCAGGCAGUUCACACUGUGUUCAAAGUGAAUGCCACUCUGCCUCAGCGUAAUGAGAAGGAGGUGAAAAUGGAAUCUGCAUUUUCCACCAGCUUUAAUCAGAGUUACACUACAGCAAGCACUCAGACACCACCGCAGUCACUACAACAGCCAAUUCAUAAAACUGAACCAAGCAUAGUGGUGCAGGAGUCCUUACAGACGGCACUUGGCACUUAUCAUCCAGAGGGAACAAGUGUGAGCAGUAGUAAUGUGAGUUACCUACCUCAGCAACCCAGUGGUUUCCACAGACCUAAUCAGGCCUAUUUCAAUAACCGUGGCUCUGUUCGAGGAACCUUGAGAGGUGGAAGAGGUGCAGUUGCUUCAUAUCGCCCUCAAAAUGGGUUCAAAGCAGGAUUUGACAGCUACAGAGGAGGCACCCAUGUAGUCCAGAAUGGUAUUUACAUCCAGCCAGCUUACCCUGGAAGAGAUUACCCAGGAAUGCCUUGUACGCAAAGGGAAAGUGUCUCUCAACAGAACUACAAACGUGGAGGAUCAGUUGGUGGGCCUCGAAUAAACUCAAGAGGAGGUAAGAGCAUUUUUAUUUGUGCUCAAGUUAACCUAGGCACACUUAAUAAUUUUGGAAAAUCAUGCCAAGUGUCUUAA